AUGGCACUCACUUUUGCUACAUCGAUCGCCCCCAAUUCUGGGCUAUGGCCCUUCCCGAUAACGAACAUGACCGACAGCGCAUUGAUGAGUCCAUGGCGGGAAACAGCGAGGCGGUUACAAGAGAUCCACGAGUGGGAGAUUCAGUUCCAGAAUGAUAGCCAGGAGCUUGAUGAGAGAGCAGAGUCUCGAGCGAGCAGUCGAGGGGGCAUGCGUGAGCCAGACGAACGAUAUGACGAUAUUGAUGGGAUCGAGGGCAUCGACGAAGAAGAAGCAAGGGAGUACGAGAGGCUGGCGCAGAAAUUGCUCACAGAAGCGGAGGAGAAGCUCAAACUUAUUUCAUGGGAACUGCAAAAAUUCCGCCCCGAUUUGUCAUGGCCAAUGAAAGCAUAG